AUGGAAUCUGAAGAGAACUUGUUCAGGAGGCUUUUGUGUGGGAGCACAGAUGGGGAAGAGGUGUCAAAAGUGCCUCUUCACGUCUCACUGCCGGCAGAGGCAGAUGAGAGGCUCAGGAAUGAAGUGAUGGCCUUUACUGAUUUCAGGACGACUGUCAAGACAGGGCGUUGUGUUAAUGUGAAGAGUAAAAACACACCCUUCGAUGUCAGUGACAGCAUCACAACCGGCUGCUUUGGCUUGGGCCCGUGGCUUUGUGGAGACCCUGAUCAGAGCAACUUUCAGGAAGGUGAGAGGGAGAAGGCAAAAUCCACUAUCAACCUUCAUCUGUGUUGCCUUGAAAAAGGGAGGGCAAUGCCUGCUUCCUACUCUCUUUCGUCUUGGUACAGAGAGAGGCAGGGAAGCAGCAAGGAAGGAGGAAUGGAGAGGAAUCUCCAGGAACUGCGUAUGGAAACAGUGCAGCUGGAUCAACAUGCCAAGGAGAUGGAGAGCAGACUGGAGGAGCUCAGACAGCGUAUGAACCAGGAGAAAGAGGAGAGGGAGAAGAUGGGAGCUUCUCACUGGAGUUCAGCACAGCCCGGGAUUCAGAGCGUCAAGACGAACAAGGAGAACGCACCUCGCAGACUCUCUCCGGGCAAGAUGAAGAUUAGAGUGCUGAAGGACGAGCCUGUGCCAGCAGAACAGAAACAGGUAAUAGCGGAACCAGCCGCCAAGGUACAUGGCACUAACAGGAAGCUCAACCUGAGGGGAAAAGUCUGUGGACAGUGUGAAGUUCAACUGGCUGGACUGAUGUGUGCGGAAUGUGGAGAGGAUUAUUGUGUGGGCUGCUUCGUCAAAUUCCACCAGAAGGGGGCACUGAAGCGCCAUCGUAUGGUUCCCGUACAGGCAGAGCUCCAGACCCCUGUCAGCACUCGGGAUGUGUUGGGCCGCCUCCAGCAGCAGGUAAGCAGCGAGGAGAAUCAACAUACACGAGGUGCAUCCCACAAAUCCGCUGAUGAAAGUGAAGCCACAGAGAAAAGAUCAGCUCCUAGGAACCUUCAGCCCAUGUCUGAUAACCAAAUGCACCACACACAGGUGUUGUUCGUGAAUGACGGUGUUGACGUGGAGGAUGAGGAGGCUGCUGAGGAAGAGGACAGCUCUCUGCUGAGAGGAGGCUUUGAUGAAGAGGAGUCAGCCAGGUCCUUCCAGGAGGCUCUGAAAGAGUGGAGAGAGAGAGGACAGAGACCAGUGUCUGUGAUGGAAACACAAACAGAGAAGGGAUCCCAGCAGUUAAUUCAUGUGGAGUUCAAGGAGGACACUUUGAGCUACAUGGAGAAACUCCUCCUGAAAAAACACUGCAGAGGACAAAUUGAAGAAUUUCAGGCCCGGUCUGUCGUCCAACGCCGGCUGGAGCCACCCACACCUCCACCCGCAGAGAUGGAUGAACUGAGCCGAAAACUGACAGCAGAGCGGAUGGAGCUGCAUAAAUACUUUACAUCUCUCUUCACGGUCGCUCCUGCUGAGGAUACUGGGAAAGCGGACAGCCCUGCAGAAUCCUGUUUAAGCGUCGUAGAGUUAGAUGAGAUGGUUGAAGACGCUACAAUGUACAGAUCCUUUGGAGUCAAGCAGGGAAAUGAGAGCAAAAUGUUUGCAGCUGUUGGCAAUGUAGGAGAUUUUGGAUAUUCGGUUUUGCCUUUCACACCGUGCUUCUCCGAGAUGACCAAAGCAUCCGUCGGUGAAUGUAAUUCUGACAUAAAGAUAAACUCUUCUCCUGAGAUGUGGCUGCCGUCUCAAGAGGCUGAACAAUCUUUGUCAUUAUUGCCAAGAUCAGAAGGCUUUUCUCCACUUCAGACGAGGCUUCAGAGAUCACAGCACCUGUCGACUGCCUCAGAAUCCUUUCUGUCAAAUUCACGAACAGGAGGCCAGAAAGUGGAACUCAGUGACUCUCCAAAACCAAGCCCAUGGACGAGAUCUUCUGCAGCACAGCAGGACAAAUCCUCAGAGCUUCUGCCAACAUCAUCUCCUUCACUCCCAAAAACCAAAUUAAAUCAAACUCUCCCAGGCUUUGAGGACCAUAUUUCCACUGGCAGCCUCUCUCCUGGUGGAAUACCAUCUGUUCGGUCUUCUCGAUGUCAUUCUCCUGCUUUUCUCAUCUCUAAACAAAGUCCAAAACCUCCAGAUUCUCCGUCCCCAAGGUCUAGAUCAGUUUCUUCUCCAGUAAACCCAGUCCAAUCCAGACCUGCUCAUUCAACACCUGUUUCUGAACCGAAAUUAGCUCAGCUGUCUCCAGAAUGUGCCAUCACUUCGCCAAGCGCUGCAGUUCCUUCAUUAAAGCUGUCACGUAGAGAAUCAUCACAGUCUGGAUUAGUCUCAGAUAGAAGUAUAUCUACUAUGCCUAUCUAUGACUCCUUCAGUUCCUCUAUGCCGAGGGGCGAAUCUUCUCAUACUGAGGGUCAUCGUUCACCUCCGGCCUCUAAAUGGUUAAAAGGCUCACGGAGGUCACCCAAAACCACAAUGUUCUCCUUACAGCUAAACAUGUCAGAUUCAGAAGAGGAAAUGACAGGUGAAGAUGCUUGCCUGGUGCCCAGUGAAGAAGACUCAUCUGAUGAAGAACUGAGACGAAUCACAGAUGCAGAAGAACAAAAGAAUGGCUUUUCCUCUCCGUGCCCCACCACGACCCCUCCGGCAGAGCCUCAUUUCACUUUCACAAACCUCUCAAAGUCAGAAAACGACAACACAGAACCAGACCUUUUUACAGGAUCUUCUCAGGCCAUUCAUUCUGUAGCCCAGCGACAGGACAUCCAGCCGGGGCAGUACCAAGACCUAGAGGGGAUCCUGACUUUGGGACUGGACCCCGGAGUCCUGCAGCCCAGCCCAGUUCCAGCGCAAAGCUCUAGAGAAGAGCAGAACCACACAGGGAGUUCACUAGUUGUAGGGCAGGAGUCCUGGAGAUCCAGCAGCAGUCUUCAGCAUAAAGCAGAGGAAGAGCUGGUCGCUGCGCUGAUGAACGCUCGGCCCAUCAGUAGCACCCCUUGUCCCCUCACACCAGGCCGUAGCAGAGUGUCAUCACACAGGCUGUGUUUCUCAGGCACCAUAAGCAGAUGUUCUCCCAUCUCUUCUCGGCCCCUGAGUGCCGGGACUCGUUGGCCAGUGUCUCGUGCUGCUGAGGAGAUCAUGGAGGUCCAGAGCGUGGAGCAGCUCGAUCUCCAGGACUCUGAUGAGGAUGAGGAGGAUUGCCUGGCUCUGGCCUGCCUUGAGGAAGAGUUCAGACAUAUGAGCACUACACCAUUAGACGAGGGUGAGGAUUCAAUUUGUCUGGACUGCAAUUACACAAAUUAAGGAUUUUGAUGGAAUUUUGUGAUAAGUAGUAAUAAGUGAUUUUGUAAAAAAAAAAAAAUAAUAAUAUGAA